AUGCGCGUCCUCGCGCUUGUUGGUGCUCUGAUGAGCACUGCCUUGGUUCUUCCGGCAGCGGCAGCAUCCCAGAGGUAAGCAGCUCAGCACUCUUGGAGAAAUAUUUCCCCCUCGCUGACACACUAUUGAUGUUAAGUAACUUCAACACCACUUGCGGCUCUGGAAAGAGUGUUCAUGUCUCUGUCCCUACUUCAGCACUGCUGACCAUUAGCUCAACUGUCAAUUCGAAUAUUCCUACUCUGACAAUUGUUCCAGUGCCGGAUAUCUCUGUCCGCAUGUAUGGUGCAGACACCAGCUCUUCUUCCGUUUCUGCUGGACAUUCUUCCGAGGAUGUCACCACCAUCAUCAUUAGAACUGGACCAACAAAGACGAUUACCCGGUCCUUGAAGCGAGUUCCCGCCUCGGAUGCUACAUUAGCUUUGGUGACACGUCCAAAGAGUGUCGCUAUUCCAACCUUAGCGAGUGUUCCUGAUACCGUCGCUUCAGAACAGCCUGCUGUGGGCGUGCCUAUCGCUGUCACAAUGGCAACAACUUUGUUACACUCAGGUUUGACAGCAGAGAGGCCUUCAAUGACAUCAAUGCUUGAUUUAGGUUCAGACUCUAUUGUCACCAUCAGCAAGUCUCUGGGCUCAGAUUCUUUUGUCGAGUGGACAAAGACUAUACCCCUGGUACCGUCACUCCCAGAUCUGAUUGAACCGACGUCUGGUGAUUUCACCGUCUCGUUUGGGGCGAGCACAACAAUGUUCUUUACCCCUGAGCCUUCACUUGAACCCUCCUCUAGCAGUUUGGACUCUGUCUCGAUUUUGCCAGUUCCAUCUUCAGAGUCUUCAACUGGUUGGGACACUGUUUGGGAAGGCAGCCCAGGGCCUGUUGAAACAACUCUAUUGUUGCCCUCAUCAGAGUCACCACUAUUGUCCUCUACACUAAUCACCCCGGUGCCAGACAACACUGUCACUGGAGUUUUCGAGACCUCUGUUGAACCUACUGUGGUUGAGCCUACCAGCACCGAGGUUAUGGAUAUUCCUCCCCCGGCUGUUGUGCCUUCCAUCAGCUUGAUCACAGUCCCUUACCAGUUUCCUGCCUACUCGCCCUUGGAACCCCUCACCACUACAGCUGAUGUGAUCACCUCGUCACAGCCACCACCAACUCCUGCAACUGUUGUGUUCACCCUCACUGGUGAUGGGUUACGCGAGCCUCGUGUGAUUACGCUCACAACAAACUUGCCCGUUGUGAGCGGAACUACUUGGUUGGUGACAUCCUCAGCAAACUCAGUAACCGAUGUUGUGGUCACCUACACCAUGCCUGGCGGGUAUGGGCUCUCAUCGUCUGUCAUGACUGUCACGAAAUCAAGACCUGUGUCAACCAUAUCUCGCGUGAAGUCCUCUUCAAGCAUUCCCGGGGGCAAGCCACGAGCAUCCUCUACCAAGGGAUCAAUGACUAUCAUUCCUUACGGACCUUGGCCUUCGCCUACCGCCUCUCCUAGCAGAACUACCACCUCUUCAUCUAAGCAACAUUCAGAUACUUCGGUGUUCUUUUCAACUGGUGGGCCGAGGCAUACCUCACACCAUGGAGUCGGCACAACUCCUUUUACAAACUCGACAAUCUCAGGAUCCAUGUCGGCGACAAUUGCACCCAGCGGUUCUGGCAUUCAGUCGUCAGUUGUUACAAACCUUCCUUCAGCAAGUGAUUCGCGAAGCAUGCCUGUUAGCACUCGCAUCUCAUUCACGAUCCCGAUCGCGUCUUCCAGAGUGACUUCGAUGUCAGUCAGAUCAAGCGCAAUGCGCACCACUUCUUUAGGAACAGGAAUCAGCUCCUCAGGUGACAUGUUUACCAGUGCUGUCGGUGUCCCUUUCCGCCCAUCUCCAGCUCCCAGCGUGACUGCACCUCUACCUGGGUCGUCCAACAUCACUGCAACGGGUUCUAUCGUAGUUCCUGCUCCUACUGGCCCCGCCCAAUCCGCCCAAUCGUCAACAAAUGUCACAGGUUCAUUUUCUUCCAACUUCACCACGGCGCCGUCUAGUGGUGCUGCUCAAUCAAUCAGCGCCAAUUCCACUACUUUCGGCGUCCCUGCUCAGGUCACACCGCCGGGUGGGCCAGGCCAAGGGGGUGCCAACAGUACCGGCCGCUCGAGCUUUGCAGCUUCAAUUGGGACUUUCUCGUCGAUACCAUCCAGUUCUUCAGCAUUGCUCUUGAACAGUACAUUGGCUACAGGCAGCGGUGUGUCCACCCCGACGCGGCCCGGUCUGACCCAAGGUAGCACUGGGGCUCCAGUGCCAUUGGAAACUUCAUCCUCCAUCACUGUUGGCUCGCUCACCUCAGUAAAUGCCACCUCAACUUCGACCACUGCGGCUACAACCUCGACACGUCUCGAGCAAACUCAAGGAGGCCCCGGCAAUGGUACCAUCUGGCCUUCUCCACUAGUCACGUCUUCAACAAUCACUCCUCAAGAGCAGAACGGCACUUCGAUCUCCGAAACUCUGAAGACAUCUUCAACUCUUCGUGGGCAGACUCAAGCUGGUCCGGGCGUCUCUACCUCACUCCCAGUGUUAACAGAAACAGCGGUUGGCCCCGUUCAGUCCCAAAACGUCACCCUUUCCCUGUCCGCUUCUGGCAACUUGACUUCGUCUGCGAGCGCCACUACUGCUGCGCCCUCUACCACCGCCUCCAUAAAUGGUCAAGGUCAAAGCGGGGGUAGCGUAUCAACUGCAGUGUCGUCGAACGCAACAAUAUUCGAGCCCUCCGCAACUAUCAACCAGACAGGCGGCUUACCAUUGCAGUCUCAAGACUCGGCAAUCUCAGCAAAUGCCACUUCCGGUGCGGGUACAUCCAGCAGAUCUACCGCAUCGCGAGUCGGCCAAACAGUUGGGGGCCCAUUUCCGACAAGCUCUACUGUUCCAGGUCCACAAACACAAGGCGGCACUGCAGCAUCAACGACAAUAAACGUCUCUGCCCCCAACAACAAUUCUUCUGCUCAUGUUGAACAAGGAGGCAGCCCCUCCUCUGUGGCCAACAGCAGCGAUACAUUGACCUCAAUAUCGGGCCAAGCCAUUCAAACUCAAGGUGGUGUUUCUGCUUCGACUGAAUUCAACGAGACCACAGCCGUCGCCCCAUCAUCAUCAGCUCGCCAGCCUCAGAGUCAAGGUGCUGCCGGCACCUCACCAACAACAACCUGGCCUCCAAUGACCACGCAAUCUAUCAACGGCACCAGUAUCAGUUCAACAUCUGCAGGUGCCAACAGUGUGUCCACUGCACCUCCAUUGAGCCAAGGAAAUGCACCUGCUCCUACCACGAGUGCUCCUCGCGGCCAAGGCGGCCAGGGAGGGCAAUCCACGCAAUCUGCCGCUCGUGACGCUACAGGAAAUGCAACGUUUAUCACCCAGCCGAGCAACAUACCUUCGUCGGGGGAACAGAAUACACCGUCGCAAACGACAUUAGCCACGGUCGUCAACCCUGCUACAAAUUCGACUACCGCUAUUCCUGCAACUGGCACUGGUUCUCCUUUGUUUUGCGGAAAUGAAUGGGACCGUGGAAAUGAGACUGUCAACUUUGAUGACAGAGCUGCGCUCCAGUGGUCCAACCCGACCUCGCCGAUGCCCCUGUUUGUGCCCUACCAUCGCCUUUACUUCUCUGAUGGAUUUUCCAUCGUUCCACCUCCCAACCAGACACACAAUCCAUCCUCUGGAAACAACAUGACCAUGUGGUCACCGCCCAACUCGUCAGUCGAAACGGUAGGGCAGAUUGGUUUUGGGCCCUUGAGCGAAAACGGCUGCUUCCGAUUCAAUCCGCUUUCAUUCGACCUUGGUUGCAACACGACCGAGACCUACUGCCGCUUCAACAUUAGCGGCAUACGAUACGACGCCAUACUUGACCAAGAACAGCAAGUGUCUCAGUUCGAAGUAUCGUUUCCGUCGUGCAGUGCCAACAACUUUACAAACUGCAGCCUGACGACUGUUGACCUAAGUCGAUACAAUUUGACGGAUCUGACUUCCAUCACAUUUGACAAUAUCGGGAACAGUUCUAGGGUGUGGUUUGGCGACGACUUCGAAUUUACUUGGACAAAUGAUACUUGCGAAGCAGGAAGAUGUCGAGCCUUGGUUCCCAAUCUUUCCCAUCGAGCCCGUGCCGCACAUUUCAGGUCUCCAAGACGAGCGCUUCUGCAUCACGAGUCGGUCCCACAGGAUGGUAAGGUUUCCCUGUCAGCCGCGCAGUGGCUUCUGACAGUUCUAGGCGCUGUUUAA